GUGAACGCUGCUUUCAGUUUGAGGUGUUUUUCCGUGGCUGGACUUUGUCAGCGGCCUGCAGCGCGUUCUGUUGCCUAAUGCGAGGUCCCGGUUGCCGGUCGGUGGCCUGUAGCGUUUAAGCUGUCUGAUUCCGACGUGUCUUGCAAUGGUCAGUUUCUGUCUGACAGGCAGGCGUGUUUUUCUUGGCCAGGUCCGGAUCCUGCCGGGCCUGUCCAGCAUGCUGCGCCGCAACUACAGCCUCGAUCUCUCCGGAGAUCUGCUCCGCACUCAGGGCUUCAUCAACGGCCGCUGGGUGUCGGCGCCUUCCACUUUCCCAGUGCUGGAUCCAGCUACAGGAGAACAGCUGGCCCAGGUCUCUGACUGCGGACCACAGCAAGCCCAGGAGGCCGUCAGCUCCGCCUACAAAGCCUUUCACUCGUGGAAGUGUCAGACUGCAAAGGAACGGAGCACUCUACUCCGGAAAUGGUUUGAUCUGGUCAAUCAGCACAAGGAGGAUCUAGCCAAGCUCAUUACAGCAGAGAGUGGGAAGCCGAUGAAGGAGUCUGUGGGUGAGAUUGCAUACUCAGCAUCCUUUCUGGAGUGGUUCGCUGAGGAAGCCCGUCGUGUCUAUGGGGACAUUGUUGCUCCAGCAGCCAAGGACCGCAAGAUACUACUGAUUAAACAGCCAGUGGGUGUGGCCUCUGUUAUCACCCCAUGGAACUUUCCCAGUGCCAUGAUAACCAGGAAGGUGGGCGCGGCUCUGGCAGUAGGCUGCACUGUGGUGGUGAAGCCAGCCGAGGACACACCUCUCUCUGCUCUAGCGCUUGCUGAGCUGGCAGUGCAGGCAGGAAUUCCUCCUGGAGUUUUUAACGUGGUGCCCUGCUCCAGAGAGAAGGCUCCUGUUGUGGGUGAGGUCCUCUGCACUGACCCUCUAGUGGCCAAAGUCUCAUUCACUGGCUCUACUGUCACCGGAAAGGUACUACUGAAACAUGCUGCAGGAACAGUCAAGAAGGUCUCGAUGGAGCUAGGGGGACACGCCCCCUUCAUCGUCUUUGACAGUGCGGACGUGGACAAGGCCGUAGCUGGAGCGCUGGCCUCCAAAUUCAGAAACUCAGGCCAAACCUGCGUGUGCUCCAACCGCUUCUUGGUGCAGAGUGGGAUCCAUGAUGUAUUUCUAGAGAAGCUGGGGAAAGCCAUGGACGCAGAGCUGCGAACGGGGCACGGAUUUGAGCCCACCACCACACAGGGGCCCCUGAUCAACGUCCGCGCUGCCGAGAAGGUGGAGCGUCAGAUUGCAGAUGCUGUGUCUCGUGGAGCUGUAGUGCUGAAGGGUGGGAGGAGACUGGAGGGAUCUUUCAUGCAGCCCACACUGCUUUCUAACGUCAGCACGGACAUGCUGUGUAUGCGGGAGGAGACUUUUGGACCCCUUAUACCAGUUGUCAAGUUCAAUACAGAGGAGGAGGCACUUUCCAUCGCUAAUGCCUCUGAGGUUGGAUUAGCAGGCUACUUCUACUCUCAGGACCUUAGCCAGAUCUGGCGUGUGGCGGAGCAGUUGGAGGUGGGGAUGGUGGGGGUGAAUGAGGGUCUCAUCUCUGCUCCAGAGGCAGCAUUUGGUGGUGUGAAGCAGUCGGGGCUGGGCAGAGAGGGAUCCAAAUAUGGCAUAGAUGAAUAUCUGGAACUGAAGUACGUGUGUAUAGGUGGGCUAACUCUCUAAGCACUGAACACCCAUCUAUGCUGGGGAACCGUGAGUGAUGAGAGGUGAUGAAAGCACAUUAAUUCACAGCGCACUGGGAAUCAAAUUAAUCAUUUUCAGACUGAGCUGAAAGCAGAUUACAGGGAUUUUAUAGUAAGCGCAAAGCACAUUUCUAAAAAAGAAGAAACGGUUCUAAGUUCUAAGUAUUAAAAGGCAUAGUACAAAUUUUUGUCCAAGAAUAUUAAUAUGAUCAUUUCAAUCACUUAAACUGCUGAUGUGCAGCACAUAUCGAUAUAACGAUACAUGCUUUUAGGUUCGAUAUUGAUUCAGUUUUCAAUAAUUUGUGGCAAGAAAAAAAUCAAGAAAAGUCUUAAUUCUACAGAGCUCUAAUUUGGCACUAUAUAGAUUGGUUUGGCUCAAAUAAAUAAAUAAAAAAAUAAAGUUAUCCAACAGAUAAAGUACUGUGUAAAAGUCAGAGACUUUUAUUUCAUUUCCAGUCAAAAUGUCCUUUAAGUGCAUGUUCAUUUUUUAGGAAAUAUUUCUGAUAAGAUACUCUACUUGCUUAAAAAACGGCGAACGUCAGAGGAAAAUAAGUUUAAAAAGCAGGGGAUUACUGAGAAAAGGUAAUAGACAAAAAAAAGGAAAAGAAUUUGCACUAGAACAUCAAAACUGGGCACCUGAGAUGUGGAAUAAGAUUUUACGGACUGUAAUUGCAAUUACUUGGAUCGUUAGAGAUACAAAAUGCAACUAACUUCUAAGAUUUCUUUGGCAAUCUGAAACAAGUCUCCUGAAAACAAUGGAAGCUGUAAUAAAGACAAAGAGGACACACUAAAUACUGAAAAAAAUAGUAUUAUAUAUAGUUGUUAAGGCGUCUUUGUGAUUUUCUUUAAAAAAAAAAAGGGUUUCUGUUUUGAUGCUGAAAAAUGAAUAACUUGUACUAAUGGUCAUUUUGACUGGAAAGUAAAUGAAGGGUGAUCUCAAGACCUGGCUGUGCAAAAAAGCUGAAGACAUGACACACAAACAGCAGUACUUUAUUUGCCUGUAUUAGCAACGGCAGUAAUCUGCAGCAGGUUGUAAAAUACUUGUUUUGAAUUUUUAACCUACAGCUGUCCAUGUUGUUAAGUCAAAUAUAGUUUAAUGGUGGGAAAGAAAUGCCCAGUGCAUGUUAGAGGUACUUUUAUAUAAAUCACUGUGAAUACAUGUAAGGUUCUGUGGAUAUCUUACACGAUAAUCUAGUUGUAAUAAUUAUUUUUGUAAAAUGUUUACAAUUGUUAGUCGAAAACAGACUAAAUACUCUGACUCUUUUCCAAAAAUGCUCCUGGAAAUAAAUGUCCAUUUUGUUUUCAAGGUUUGGUUAUUGCCAAGUGUUGUCCUUAAAGUGCCAAUGUCCUGUAAAACAUCCUUCUUCCUUAUGUACAUUUCUGAUGUAAUAUAAUUUUUCUUAAUUUUUACCAUAUUAGUACAUCUCUAGAAUUGUAAAGAUAUUUUCAAUAAACGAAGCAAGUACUCAGUAAUUUACUGGAUGGUUUAGAUGCAAAUCCAUUCUCUAUUUUCAGGUAGUCCAUUAUAAGUAAUGAGUAACAUAAGUAUUCUUUGUUUUUAAUGGAAAAGAAUAGUACCACUCAAAAAUGCAAAGAAGACCUGGGUAUGUAUGCAAUUACUUUGUAAAUAAACCACAAUUACUAAAUUUACCAUUA